AUACAGAAGUAAAAGAAGGUAAAUGUGUCGCGUGUGAAACAAAGCGAAAGUUCGUUGAAAGAAAAGCACGGAGAAGAAAAAGUAAAAGAUGGUUGCGCAGAAAAUAUAGAGAGAGAGACAAAGAGAGAGAUAAGAGAGAGAGAGAGUGGCGAGAGUUUUGGGGUCCUUUCAUUUCCACUUUUUCUGUCUUCCCCAAUAUUUACCUGCCCGCAGAUCUCUCCGUACCCUUUUUUCCGUCUCCAGAUUCAGUCUAUCGGCCCGUAGAAACGCCGACGAACGGAUUGGAGGAGAAGCCUGCUGUUUGAAUCUGGGAAUUUUGGGGGUUUGGAGCUUCGUUUGUCUGUGUUUGCUUGUUCGGACGAUAGAGGCAUCAAAAGGCGGCCGCUUGGAAGAUGAAACCUGUUGACUCGUGAAGGUGGUUGGCAUUUACAACGUACUUAUCUCCAUGCGAUGGAAGAAGUGGGGCCCCAAGUAGCUGCUCCUGUUGUAAUCCACCAAACAAUGGGCCAAAGAUAUUGCAAUGUGCAUCCUUUAGCAAAGAAACGGAGCUUGCCUUUCCAUUCAUCAAAUUUUGUUACUCAGAAUCCAUCGGAUAACUGGAACCCUAAGUCAUGGGAUUGGGACAGUAUGAGGUUUAUUGCCAGACCAUUGCAGUCUGAUGGAAUCCAAGUGGGAAGUGAUGCACAGAUUCCACCGGACAUGCCAAGGAUAAAGGAAGUACAUAGUAACUCUUCCAAUCAUUCAAAACCUGACCAUACUGGAAAAGAUGAUGAGAAUCUUCAGUUGAAGCUUGGAGAUGGGGCUGGAAGCAGCAGUGUCAAUGCUAUGGCUUUAGCUGAAGAGAUGCCACCUGUGUCAAGGUCCACUAAGAGAGUAAGAUCUGGAUCGCCUGGUGGUGCUAGUCAUCCUGUAUGUCAGGUGGAUGACUGCAAGGAAGAUCUGUCUGCUGCGAAAGACUAUCACAGGAGGCACAAAGUGUGUGAAGUUCAUAGCAAAGCCAGUAAGGCGAUAGUGGGAAAACAGAUGCAGAGGUUCUGUCAGCAGUGCAGCAGGUUCCACCUCCUUACAGAGUUUGAUGAGGGGAAGAGAAGCUGUAGACGUAGACUUGCCGGACAUAAUAGGAGGAGGAGGAAAACUCAGCCAGAAGACACUACACCACGGGUGCUGAUCCCUGGAAGCCCACCCAAGAAUACCAAAUGUGAUGUGGAUAUCAUUAAUUUAUUGGCAGUGCUAGCUCGUGCACAAGGGAACAUUGAUGAGAGGAAUGGUGCAUUAGCAUCAGCACCUGAAAAGGAUCAGCUUAUUCAAAUUCUUAAUAAAAUAAAUUCAUUGCCUUUACCUGCAAGCUUGGCUGCCAAAAUUCCACUCCCAAGAAAUGGUAAUGGAAGUAUACGCAGCACUUCACAAUCUGAAAACCUCAACCAAAUGAGUGGAAAUAAUAUUUCACCAUCAACCAAGGACUUGCUGGACGUUCUUUCAGGGGCACGAGGAGCGCCAUCUGCUGAUGCACUAGAAAUUCAAUCUCAACCAAGCACCGAGGGAAGUGACUCUGAGAAGAGCAAGUCACCUUGUUUUGAUCAAGUUAUGCGUGUCAAUUUGCAAGGAGGAUCUUUGACUGAAUUUCCCCCAGUUGGUGGAGUGAGAAGUAGUUCAAGUUACCAUUCUCCUUUGGUAGAGGUAGAUGGUGUUGUUCAAGAAACAUCCCCCAAUCUACAUUUACAAUUGUGUAGCUCCUCACCUGAAGAUAAUAGUGCAAGAAUACUGCCAAUGGUUGGGAAUUACCCUUCAUCCAACAGUAGUAAUCCAUCAGGAGAGAGAACACCUGUUUCGUCACCACUUGUGCAUGAUUUGUUCCCAAUGCACAGUUCAAGAGAUACAAAGGAUGGCCGUUUAUCAAAUAGUGAAGAUGAGCUUGCAUUUUCAAAAGCAACCAUUAGUAAUGGGUGCAGUACAUCUCUUCAGCUUUUUGGGGGUACCAUCCGGACUAAUGAAAAUGUUUCAAUUCAAAGUUCUCCAUACCGUGCUGGAUAUACAUCUUCUGGGUCUGAUCAUUCACCUUCUAGCCUGAAUUCUGAUGUUCAGGAUCGUACUGGUCGAAUAAGUUUCAAAUUGUUUGACAAGGACCCCAGCCAGUUACCUGGUUCUUUACGUUCUCAGGUGUACAAUUGGCUUUCAAACAGUCCAUCAGAAAUGGAAAGCUACAUUAAACCUGGAUGCAUAGUCCUAUCCUUGUACUUGUCAAUGCCAUCUAUUGUCUGGGAUCAACUUGAAGAUAACCUUCUAAGUUAUGUUAAUUCAUUAAGCAAAGACAUUGAUAUUGACUUUUGGGGAAGUGGACGAUUUUUGGUUUGUACAAACAGUCAAAUGGCUUCCCAUAACAACGGAAGAAUCCGCCUCUGCAAACCAUUGAAAGCCUGGAGUACACCAGAAUUAAUCUCAGUUUCUCCAGUGGCGGUUGUUGCGGGAGAAGAAACUUCUCUUAUAUUAAAGGGGAGGAGAUUGUCGGUUCCAGGAACCAAGAUUCACUGCACUCAUGCAGAUGGGUUUGAUGUAAUAGAAGUUAGUGCAUCAUCUUCGGAAGAAGCUAUAUGUGACGAGGAGAUAUGCCUGGGUGGUUUUAAGGUCCAUGGGGCAGCAUCAAUCAUACUUGGUCGUUGUUUCAUUGAGGUUGAUAAUAAUUUCAAAGGAUCUUCUUUUCCCAUAAUUAUAGCAGAUUAUAACAUAUGCCAAGAAUUAAGAAGCCUUGAGCCCCUGUUCCAUGUCACUGACGAAAUUUGUACUGGUAUUCAAACAAGUCAUGUUCGCAAUGCAGGAAAGCCAAGUUCUAGAGUAGAUGCCUUGCAUUUCUUGGAUGAACUUGGGUGGCUCUUUCAAAGAAAGUGCAAGGCUUCCCUAUUUGAGGCUCCGGCUUAUAAACUUACUAGGUUUAAGUUUCUUCUUGUAUUCUCUGUUGAGCAUGAUCUUUGUGCUGUGGUCAGAACCCUCCUCGACAUUCUACUGGAAAUGAACUUGGCUAGAAAAGAAUUAGCAGGGCGGUCCUUGGCAAUGCUAUCGGAAAUCCACCUCUUAAAUAGGGCUGUGAAAAGGAGGUCUCGGAGUAUGGUUGAUUUGCUCAUUCAUUAUUCUAUUGUUGACGGUGCUGAUGAUUCUGCAAAGUUCAUUUUCAAGCCUGAUUUGGCUGGACCUGGCGGUGUCACACCUUUACAUUUGGCUGCUUGCACAUCCUUGUCGGAUGACAUCAUUGAUGCUUUGACAAAUGAUCCACAAGAGGUUGGAUUGCAGAGUUGGAAUUCUGUGCUUGAUGCCAACGGUCUUUCUCCCUAUGCAUACGCCUUGAUGAGAAAUAACCAUUCCUACAAUGCCCUUGUUGCCCAGAAGCUAGCAGACCGCAAAAAUGCGCAGAUCUCUAUACCAAUUGUUAAUGAGAUCCAGCAAUUCCAGUUGGAGAAGGAUAACAAGGAAAAGGAGACGAGUUCUAGCUCAGAGAUCCGGAGCGAGCAAAACUUGUGUUGUAAAUGUGCAGCUGCUGCGGCGCAUGGAUAUGCCAAAAGGUUUCGAGGAGGAGGGUCACAAGGGUUGCUUCAGCGACCGUACAUCCACUCAAUGCUGGUGGUGGCUGCUGUAUGUGUGUGCGUGUGCGUGUUCCUAAGAGGCCACCCUAACAUCGGAUGUGUUGCGCCGUUUUCAUGGGAGAAUCUCGACUUCGGUGCAUCUUAGGUGGCUGUUUUGACACACACACACAACAUAUAUCAUAUCAUAUAUAUAUACACAAACAACAGAUGUUCUAUCUAUCUAUCUAUCUAUCUAUCUAUCUAUGUAUCUAACCAAGAUGAUGGUGUAGCUUUAGAGAGCAGCAGAAGAGAAGACCCGACCUCGGCGGCAUCGAUCCCAUCCCAUCCCGGAAUCACCAUCAAAAGUCUGAGCGAAAUGUUAAGUAGUGUACUACUGUUAUCAGAUCUGAUCAGAUCAUCAAAUAUGUAUUAUUAUUCUUAUGAUUAUUAUUAUGAUGAUUCUAUUUAUUAUUAUUAGCAGUAUGGUAUUGGAUUUGUAGGGGUGAAUGAGAGUUUCAUUGUAAGAUAAUAAUGGUUAAAUAACACCAGUUUGUUGUA